ACUAUUCACAGAGGGAGAGAGAUACUCGUACACUUGUGUAUACAUAUACAGAGAAAGAGAAACAGUUGUUAGGGAAAGACAAAGUGGUGGGUCUGUUUCUGACAAUUAUCUUCAUUUCCCGCUUCUGCUCUCGUUUGAAUCUCUCUCUUCUUCUUCUUCUUCCACUAAAAAACAGAUAGAGAAAGAGAAAGAGAAAGAGAAAAAGUGUGAGACUUUCUUUCUUCAGAGAUAAGAGAGACAAAGAGAGUGUGGUUGUGAUUUGUCUUCACUGUUGAACAAUGGAUACUCCUCAGAAGAGUAUUACCCAGAUCGAAACUCCAGUUUCCAAAUCCAGAGUCGAGGAUUCUCCAGUGUUCAAUUACAUUAACAGUUUGUCCCCAAUAAGACCUGUCAAAUCCAUACCAAACCCUCACCAGUUUAGCGCUCUCAAUUUCACUUCCCCUCCCUCUGUUUUCACUUCACCACACCUAACUUCUUCUCACAAAGAAUCAAGAUUCUUCAAAACUCAUCACCCUUCUCCUGAUCCUACCAUUCCUGUUCAAGAAUCUCCAGACGAUUCCACGUCAAAUGAAGGAGCUGCAGCAGAAGCAGAAGUUACUCCAAACUUCAACAUAGAUGCUUCAACUGAAAUGGAGCAGCCACACAUCGCUAAGGAAACGAAUCUUGAUGAUCUUCCCCUUGCUGUUUCACCUUGCGGUAGAGAGACCACCGGUGAUCUUUCGCUUGUUCCAUACGCUUCUCCUCCUAGAGAAGAGAAUGGUGAGGAUGAUACAGGAAUGGAGAUGUAUGGCAAUGUUCAGGGAAAAAACGAAACUCCGGAUUGGGAUAGAUUGAUUGCAGAUUCUUCUGAGUUCCUAAUCUUCAGCUCACCUAAUGAUUCGGAGGCUUUUAGAUGCCUUAUGAUGCAGAGAGCAUCACCCUCCCAAGCACCUUCAGUGAUGAUGCCAACAAUGCAGCCUGGUUCAAUAAAUGAACCAGAGUCUUCAAUCGCAAGUCCUUAUGGGGCUGUUUCAGUCUUGCACCGUGGUAUAAGAAGACGUUGUCUGGACUUUGAGAUGCCGGGGAAUAAGCAAACGUCGAGUGAGAAUAACACUUCGGCUUGUGGAUCCUCGUCCAGAUGUGUUGUACCGAGUAUUGGUCUUCAUCUAAAUGCCCUUUUAAUGUCUACAAAGGACUGUAAAACCAAUAAUACCACUCAUGAUUACUCGUGUUCUGAGAAGUAUCAAGUGGGUCUACAAGGCUCAAGCUCUACACUGCAAGAAACAUUGGACCAAACAGAAACUGAAACCCGGGACCUGGAAGAUGUUCCCGUUGAACCAACCUUGGAAGAGUUGCAUUUGAGCAGCCCUAAGAAGAAGAGGGUUAAGCUGGAAGCUGGAGAAGGAGAGUCAUGUAAGAGAUGUAACUGCAAAAAGUCCAAGUGCUUGAAACUUUACUGUGAAUGCUUUGCUGCUGGAGUCUAUUGCAUAGAGCCAUGCUCAUGUAUAGACUGCUUCAACAAGCCUAUUCAUGAAGAUACCGUCUUGGCUACUCGCAAACAGAUUGAGUCUCGGAACCCACUUGCAUUUGCUCCUAAAGUCAUUAAGAGCUCCGAUUUGGUUCUAGAAACCGGGGAUGAUGCAAGCAAAACUCCAGCUUCUGCACGUCACAAACGUGGCUGCAACUGCAAGAAAUCAAACUGUCUAAAGAAAUACUGUGAAUGCUUCCAGGGUGGUGUGGGCUGUUCCAUAAACUGUAGAUGUGAAGGAUGCAAGAAUGCAUUUGGACGCAAAGAUGGAUCUGCCAUUGUUGACAUGGAAGCUGAACAAGAGGAGGAAAAUGAAACAUCUGGGAAAAACAGAAGAGCCAAAACCCAAGAGAACAGUGAGGUUUAUUUGAUGAGAAAAGAGGAGAGUUCUGCUUUACCUGCCACACCAAUGUCGGUUUACAGACAACAACUGGUUCAGCUAAAGAACAUGAUGCCUCCUCCACAGUCUGUACUUGGAGUUGGAUCUUCAAGCUCAGGGAUGUUUAACAGUCAAUAUACAAGAAAACUGGAAAUGAAGUCAUUGGAGACAGUGGCAGAGGAUGGAGCUGAAGAAAUGCCUGAGAUUCUUAGCCACUCCUCUAUAGAUAACGUCAAUGCUGUCUCUCCCAAUGGUAAGAGGGUCUCUCCUCCUCAUCUGGACUCUUCAAGCUCAGGGAGAAGAAGUGGUGGGAGGAAACUGAUACUGCAAUCCAUUCCAACGUUUCCCUCUCUCACUCCUCAACACUAAAAGCAUUUUGUGUGUUGUAAGGCUGCACCGUGUAGCUUUGAAAAUUCUUUGAAUCUUUUUUCAAGGUGAGAGAUGAUAGAAGAAGUCAACUUCUAGUUGGUUGUAAGUUAGCAUACAUUGGCAUGUGUAAUAAAGAUGUGAACCCAUCAUGCUCUACAUCACAAAACCAAACAUUUCUUGUAA